GUUAAUUAACUCUGGAGGCUUAGGUCUGAGCUCUGCCUUCACCAUCACCCUCCCCCAGGUGGGCGGGGAGAUCCUCCCAGACCAAGUUAGGUGCUCAGGAAAGGUCAGCCACAAUCAGGAACAGUCAGCAACCCAGAACCCACUGCACCAUGAGUGUGUCUGCACUGAGCCUCACCAGAGCCCUGGGUGAUGUCUCUGGGCUUCUGCAGGUGGUCUCUCUGCUCAGCCUGGUUCUACUUCUGCUCAAGGCAAUACAGUUCUACCUGCGCAGACAGUGGCUGCUCAAAGUAUUUCAUCAGUUCCCAUCUCCUCCUUCCCACUGGCUCUGUGGGCACAGCUUGAAGUUCUCAAAGGAAAAGGAGCUACAAGAGCUACUGAAAAGGGUAGAGGAAUUCCCCUGUGCCUAUCCUCGCUGGAUGUGGGGGGACGAUGUUCACCUUGUUGUCUAUGACCCUGACUACAUGAAGGUGGUCCUGGGGAGAUCUGACCCUAAACCUGAAUAUAACUACAGAUUCUUGGUCCCCUGGAUGGGGACAGGUUUGCUGCUGUUGGAGGGGCAGACGUGGUUCCAGCACCGGAGGAUGCUGACCCCAGCCUUCCAUUAUGACAUCCUGAAGCCCUACCUGGGUCUCAUGGCCGACUCUGUCCGAGGGAUGCUGGACAAGUGGGAGGACUUCAUCACCCAGGACUCACGUCUGGAGAUCCUUGAAGACAUCUCCUUGAUGACCCUGGACACCAUUAUGAAGUGCGCCUUCAGCCACCAGGGCAGCAUCAGGAAUGACAGGAACUCCCAGUCCUACAUCCAGGCCAUUAGGGACCUCAACAAUCUGUUUUUUUCCCGAGUGAGGAACACUUUCUACCAGAAUGACCUCAUCUACAGGCUGACCCCUGAAGGCCGCUGGAACCACCAGGCCUGCCAGCUCGUCCAUCAACACACAGACGCAGUGAUCAAGGAGAGGAAGGCUCACCUGCAGAAGGAGGGAGAGCUGGGGAAGGAAAGGAGGAGGAGACACUUGGACUUCCUGGACAUCCUCCUCUUUGCCAGAAUGGAGAAUGGGAGCAGAUUGUCUGACAAGGACCUCCGUGCCGAAGUGGACACGUUCAUGUUUGCGGGUCAUGACACCACAGCCAGUGGCAUCUCCUGGAUCCUCUAUGCUCUAGCCUCCCACCCUGAGCAUCAGCAGAGGUGUCGGGAAGAGAUCCAGAGCCUCCUGGGAGAUGGCGCCUCCAUCACCUGGGGCAACCUGGACCAGAUGCCCUACACCACCAUGUGCAUCAAGGAGGCCAUGAGACUCUAUCCACCAGUGCCAAUCAUUAGCAGAAAUCUUAGCAAGCCCAUCACCUUCCCUGAUGGACGCUCCUUACCUGCAGGAAUCAAAGUUGCCCUCUCCUUUUAUGGACUUCACCACAACCCAAAGGUGUGGCCGAACCCAGAGGUGUUUGACCCAUCUCGGUUUGCAUUGGGUUCUAAUCAGCACAGCCAUGCUUUCCUGCCCUUCUCAGGAGGAUCCAGGAACUGCAUCGGGAAGCAGUUUGCCAUGAAUGAGAUGAAGGUGGCUGUGGCCCUGACCUUGCUUCGCUUUGAGCUGUCACUGGAUCCCUCCAGGGUUCCCUGCCUUUUGCCAGGAAUUGUGCUGAAGUCCAAGAAUGGGAUCUACCUGCAACUCAGGAGUCUCACUUAAGAUCUGCAAGGACAAGGACAAGCUGUGAGGGACUCUUUCCUGCCAUCUUAUCUUCGUAUUGCUCUCCUCUGCCUGCCUCUCUGCCGACUUCCCUCUUUCCACCUGCUUGGCUGCCAGUUCAUCUCAUCUGUCUCCUGCCCAUCAGACUCUCUCACCCAUCCUCAGGCUUCUUACUUCUUUUUUUGUUCCCUUCUCCUACUCACCUGUAUCUCUGACUGUCCACCUAACUCUUCAUCACCUGCCCUAUUCCAGCCUGUAUGCCGUCUCCCUGUUUUUUUUUUUUUUUUCUUUCUGCCUGUCUGCCCUCUAUUAGUUUCUUCUUCCUGCUACAAGAAUUUACCAGGAAUCUAGUGACAUACAUAAACACAAAAUUAUAAUCUGAUAGUUUAGGAGAUCACAAAUCUGAAAUUGAUUUAACUCAGCUACAGCCAAGGUGUUGAGGAACUCAAGGGAGAAUGUCUCUUUGUGCAUUCUCAGCUUCUAGAAGUUUGCUCUCUGGCUCUUCAGUGAGUGGAUUAAGCUCCCCAAGAUUAUGAAGGGAAUCUCCUUUUCUUGAAUUCAAUGGGUUGUAAAUGUUAACUAUAUCUUCAAAAUCUUCACAACAAUAGCUGGACUUUGGUUUAAUUGAUUACCUGCACUUACAGCUUAUUCAAGUUGACACAUAAAAGCAGACAAUACAUCCCACCCCUUCCACCUGGCAUUCCUAUGUAUCCCUUUAAACCAUACUUAAUCUGCAAAUAAAGUCAUACUUCUGCCAAUGA